CUUUAUCAGUGGCAGCACUUUUUAAUUGAAUCUCAAACCGGGUUCCCCAGGUGGGGUGAACCUUUAAAGGAUAACUGCGCUAUUUGACGAACAACAAUGGUAUUCUCUCUUCCACCCUGGCCAAUAUUUGUCCUAUAUACAUCACCUAUAAACAAGCUAUGAGAUAACUAACUGGUUGCAAAUCGAACUGCGGUGUUUCCCAGCAACAGUGACUGUUUCAAAAAUAUCUCCUAGUUAGGGAAAGGUGCUAUCUAAAUUCAAUUUCUCUCUCUCUCUCUGUUUAAAGCGCCCAAGGCUCCUUUUAAAGAUUUCUUUGGGUGGGAACAGAUUGCCUGCUGUGUUUUAGAGCCACAUGAAGUGUCAGGAGUGUGACAACCGAAAGGAAUUUCCACUCUGCCGUGUGCCAGAGUAACCUGGGACUCCUGGGGAACCUUUGAACCGCAGUCGGGAAACAGGAGUAGUAUCAAUGAAGGUUUGUUUUGAAUGGUUCGAGGCGUGGUCAGUGCCAAGUCAAUGUAUUUCCAUUCAGAAAAAUAGUCUGGGAUCUCUGGGCUGCAAGUCACUUCAGUUCAGAAGAAACUGGAGUUCGAGCAUUCAGAAAAACAAUAAUGUCGUUUGUGAGCUUCCAACUGAGUCUCGUCCCUCUGCUCAUUUAUGGGAUUGCAGCUGCACCAUUUUUGGCUGAUGAGGAAGCCCAUCGCUUCAUCCGAAACAAAAGGCAAACUGAUACAAUGCAAGGAUACUGGGACCCAAAUAAUGCAAAUAAUGUGUGGGGAGUCACUCAGGCAGAACACGCAAGUGAAUACUGGACAUCGUUGAGAGACACAGCACAGUACUACAUAGGCUUGAGUUCGAUCAGCUUUGCAUCAGAUCCAUCUGUCAUACAGGAACAUAUCAAGAGCUAUAUGGAUUAUCUGCGACAAACAAGCAUUUACCUCCAACAGCAACCCACAUACAAAUAAUUCCAAAGAAUUGAAGGACAUAAAAGAUGUCAGAUAUUUCCAAUUGCAUGAUUAAUUCAGAGCAGACUGUGCAAGCUCAGAAAGCAUGUCAUUGCCAAUCAAUCCACCCUGACAACAUGGAAUGCCUUCUGCUAGCUUCAAAGCACAAUAUAACCAAAGCUCAAUGAGCUCUAACUGUGCUGAGAUUUAUCCAGAGCAGGGUCAUGCAUUAAGCAUUUCUUGAAAAAUGUUAAUCAAUAAAUAUUGAUUGUAACAAA